GCCCACAAAGCAUCGUCCUCCUCCUCCCCCUACUCGUCUAGGGUUUCUCCUCCAGCAGAGCACGCACAGGAAGUUGCAGAGAGACCAGCCGGCGGUGGUUACGCAGCUCCUCCGCCCAUCUCCGAGAGAAGGAGGCGUUCGCCGAUUCGAUCGUCCGACCAUGAGGCCGAUCCUGAUGAAAGGCCACGAGAGGCCGCUGACGUUCCUCAAGUACAACCGGGAGGGCGACCUCCUCUUCUCCUGCGCCAAGGACCACACCCCCACCGUCUGGUUCGCCGACAACGGCGAGCGCCUCGGCACCUACCGCGGCCACAACGGCGCCGUCUGGUGCUGCGACGUCUCCCGGGAUUCUAAGAGGCUGAUUACCGGAAGCGCGGACACGACGGCGAGGCUGUGGAGCGUGCAGAACGGGACGCAGCUGUUCGCGUUCAAUUUCGAUUCGCCGGCGAGGUCGGUGGAUUUCUCCAUCGGCGACAAGCUCGCGGUGAUCACCACCGAUCCUUUCAUGGAGCUGCCCUCGGCUAUUCAUGUGAAGCGCAUUGCCAGAGACCCUGCUGACCAGAUUGGUGAGUCUGUCCUCAUCCUUCGGGGUCAUCAAGGAAGAAUAGCUCGAGCUGUCUGGGGGCCUCUGAACAAGACUAUUGUAAGUGCUGGAGAAGAUGCUAUAAUUCGUGUUUGGGACUCUGAGACUGGGAAGCUUCUUAGAGAGUCAGACAAGGAAACUGGCCAUAAAAAGGCGAUAACUUCACUCACGAAAUCCGUCGAUGGUUCACAUUUCGUUACUGGUUCACAAGAUAAAUCUGCCAAGCUAUGGGACAUCAGGACGUUGACUCUUAUUAAAACAUAUGCGACAGAGCGCCCAGUCAAUGCAGUUACAAUGUCUCCACUUCUUGAUCAUGUGGUUCUUGGAGGUGGCCAAGAUGCGUCGGCUGUAACCAUGACUGAUCAUCGUGCUGGAAAGUUUGAAGCCAAGUUUUUUGACAAGAUUCUCCAAGAAGAAAUUGGAGGUGUGAAGGGACACUUUGGGCCUAUUAAUGCUUUGGCUUUCAAUCCUGAUGGGAAAAGUUUCUCAAGUGGAGGUGAAGAUGGUUAUGUUAGGUUGCAUCACUUUGACCCGGAUUACUUCAACAUCAAGAUUUAGCUUUUGAGAAAAUAGUUUUGCAGUUUUGAAAAGUUGCCUCUGUCUUGGCUCUUGAUUAUUGUGGAGGGAGUGCUGUGACAAAGAAACACCUGCCUUCUCCUGAGAGGUUAGGGGAAGUACACAUUGUGGAAAGAUAUUAUCAUGUUAGUUUCCUAUUUUAGAUUGGAAAUUUUGUUUUCAAUAUCAGGUUGUCUAAAUGAUGAGGAACUCAAUGAAAUGAGCUAUUUCCUAGCA